AUGCCUGGAAAAGACCCUGAAAUAACUGAGAAACUAGAGUCCUUGACACUCUCUGAUGAUUUGUUACCUAAUUACACAACUGUUCUCGAAACAACCAGUGAGAAAGACCAAUUAUUGAUAAAAUACCUCUCAUUAUUGGAUCAAUACAAUCAAGCUGUUGAGCAGUUAAAUCAUGAAUUCAAAGAGGGUUAUAUCAACUUAUCAAGAGCCAAUUAUGCAAAUACUAGUGUGGUGAAGCCGUAUGGUAGAGAUUGUUGGGAUGAUCGAGUCAAGGCUAUCAAGAAAGUGUCGAUUGGUGAUAAAAUUGAGUUGAUUGAUGUUGAAGAGAAGGUUGAUAAGGUCAAAGAUGAUGAUGAGAAAGAUCAAUCCAUAAGGAAUAGAUCCAAGAAGGUGGAGGAAACUUCAACUAAGAAGAAGAAGAAAUACAAUCCGAUAAAUAUGUUUGGAGUAUUGGUCCCUUUACAACUUCGUCAAUCUCAAACACAUUUUAAUAAAUCUGUUAUUCAAAUGAUUUCAAUUGUUAAUCUACGAAAUGAAUUGAUAUCAAUGGAGGAUGAGCUAAAAAUAAAAAACAUAGAUUUGGAAAAGAAAGUUGAUUGUCUAUAA